GCCGGUUCCUGGGCAAUCCCGGCUCCCUGGGCAAUCACUGGUCCCUGGGCAAUCACUGGUCCCGGGGCGAUUCCUGCUCUCGCCCUUUGCUCCUGACCAACCCCACCUGCAGCUCCCUGUGCAUCCUGACCCGCACCGGUUUUAUUUUCGUGCUGCAUUGCUGUUGACAUGGAAACCAAUACCACUUUCUGUUCCAGAGAAUUGGAAGCUAAAGCUACCAAAGAAGUCGAAAGAAAACUAAGCAGGGAUUUAGUGCAAGAAGAGGAAGAACAGUUGAUGGAAGAAAGGAAAAAGAGAAAAGAAGACAAGAAGAAGAAGGAAGCUGCUCAAAAAAAGGCCAUUGAACAAAAAAUCAAAGUGCCAGAACAAACCAAGACAAGUGUAAGCCAGCCCCAGCCUGUCACCUCCAACGGCACUUCCACAGGAACCAGCACUACUAAUAAUGCCAAGCGGGCCCCAGCCAGCAGCCAGCAGCAGCCCUUGCCUCGAUACCCUCCUCGGGAAGUACCACCACGAUUCCGACAGCAGGAACAGAAACAGCUUCUGAAACGAGGGCAGCAGUUACCAGUGAUAGCUGCAAACCUGGGAUCCACUCCCAAAGUGUUAAACGGCCAGUCAGGAGGCAGCCCUGGCACCAGUAACCAGCCCGUGACCAACGGAGAAGUGCCCAACAGCAGCAAAAAACAGCCAGGCAUGCCUCCCAUUCGGGACUUGGUGAGCCACUCCCCUAACCAGUCAGAUCUGAACCACAGUGGUCUAGGAUCCCAUUAUGAAAAUUCUCACUGGGGACCAGUCUCUUCAAAUAGCGACUCCAGCACAAACUGGGAUAAAGUUAUCGUAGACGGCUCUGACAAAGAAGCAUGGCCAUCAAUCACUGGCAGUGACCCAGAGCUGACUUCAGAAUGUAUGGACACUGACUCUGCCUCCAGCUCUGGGUCGGAGCGGAACCUCGUCAUCAUGGCUUCAGGGAGCACAGGAGAGGGCGACGGCAUUCGCAAUGGCAUCGGACAUGGGGCUCAGAAUAAGUUUGUGGUUGGUAGCAACAGCAAUAAUGUGGGCAAUGGAAGUAUUAACGGGCCCUGGGGGUUGUCCCAUGGGUCCUUAAUAAGCACAUGUCAAGUUUCUGUGGAUGCUCCUGACAGCAAAUCUGAAAGUAGCAACAAUAGAAUGAAUGCUUGGGGCACCAUAAGCUCUUCAUCAAAUGGAGGGUUAAAUCCAAGCACUUUGAAUUCAAAUGGCAACCAUGGUGCCUGGUCCGUGUUGGAGAACAGUGGACAUGCCCUGAAAGGGUCCGUGGGGAGUGGGAGUCCUGGCACAAGCAUUCAGUGCAGUACCAUAGGUCAGAUGGCCAACAGCCAGAGUAUUAACUCGAAAGUGGGUGGCUCAGCCCACGGUUCCUGGGGAAGCCUUCAGGAAAGUUGUGAUUCUGAAGUAAAUGGUACAAGGAAUGUUUCAUUCAGUGGGCAACCUCAAAACCUUAACACUGAAAUGAAUGGACCAAAUAACACUACUAACUUUAUGACCUCUAGUUUACCAAACUCUGCCGGUUCGGUGCAGAUGAGCGAACUGCCCAGCACUGCAGGGCCCGGGGCCUGGCGCGUGAGCACAAUGAAUCAUUCUCAGAUUCAGGCCUCUCCAGUGGCAAACGGCACUUCCACCUCUCACCUGAGCAACGGGGAGGCCAAAACUGGCGGCUCUUAUGGUACUACCUGGGGUGCCUAUGGUUCUACUUACUCUGGAGACAAAUGUCCAGGCCCAAACAGCCAAGCUAAUGGUGACACUGUGAAUGCAACUCUAAUGCAGCCGGGCGGCAGCGGGCCUGGCAGCACUAACUUUCAAAUCAACGGGAAUAAAGGAGGAGGGGUGUGGGAGGCAGGGACAGUCAGCUCCCAGAACAUGCCCUGGGCAAACGGGAAUGGUGCCAGUGCUGGCGGGAGCAGAAGAGGAUGGGGCAGCCCUGCACAGAACACUGGCACCAACAUUUCCAACGGGGAAUGGAGCAAACUGCCCAGCAAUCAGCAUUCCAAUGAAGGUAUGAAUGGAAACAGCAGGAAGUUUACAAACGGAUGGAAGUCUACUGAGGAGGAGGAUCUGAACAGCCAGGGUUCUGCUGCCUCCCAGAUGGCUGAGCAGAGCAGCACAUGGGCCAAAACAGGUACGGGGGACAGCGAGGGCAGCUCCGAGAGCGCCGGGUGCCACGAGGACAGAGCAGCUACGGAAGGCCAGAACCGAGAGAGGAGGAAAGUUGACCAGCACACGUUACUCCAAAGCAUAGUGAACAGAACUGACUUAGAUCCACGUGUCCUUUCCAACUCUGGUUGGGGACAGACUCCAAUCAAACAGAACACUGCCUGGGAUACCGAAACGUCACCGAGGGGUGAAAGAAAAACUGACAACGGGACAGAGGCCUGGGGGGGCUCUGUGACACAGACUUCCAGCUCAGGGGGGUGUGUGGAUAGACCUAGCCCUAAUAAUAACGAUACCUCAUCUGUAUCGGGGU